AUAAUUUGUCAUAAAUCAUGACUUUGUAUAUGUAAAGUACAAAAUGUUAGCAUCCUUACAGUGGAAAAGGUAAGAUGCAUCGUAAAAACACCUUUUAGUAGCACGGUGCAUCUACUGUCCGUGAUCUAAAUACAAUGUAUAUAGAUUUGUACUGUGACAUGCACACUGUUCUCAAAAAUGAAUUUAAAACAGAAGGAAGCCUAUGAUAUUGCCAUCGCAGUCCACAAUUUAUACAUAGGUGGAUCAGCGGGAACUGGCAAGUCCUUUCUGAUUUCAGAAAUAGAAAACGGACUCCGUAAAGCAGACAAAAGUGUUCAUAUCACGUGUACAACAGGGAUAGCUUGUGCAAAUUUUAGCAAUGCGAUGACAAUUCACAGAUGGGCUGGCAUAGAUGACGGUCGAUAUUCAUCCAAAGAAAUUGCUACAUUGAUCAAGGAAACCCCCAAACACAGAGACACUUUAGAACGAUUGAUGAAGGCUGACACACUAAUAAUAGAUGAAAUAAGCAUGCUUUCAGAUAAGCUUUUUCAGCAACUGGAGGAAGUAUGCAGCCUGAAAAAUCCAGAUGUUAUCUUUGGUGGUAUACAACUUAUACUCUGUGGCGAUUUCAGACAACUCCCACCUGUUCCUAAUGUACAAUACAAUGAUGAAGGUAACUUCUGCUUUCAGUCAGAACUAUUUCAAACUGCUGUUCCUCAUCGUGUUAUAUUAUGUGACAUAAUCAGGCAACAAGACCAGACCCUUAUUAAAGCCAUCCAAGAGGUCAGUGAAGGGGUUGAACUGACAGAAGAAUCAUUAACCCUUAUUAACUCUAUGGAGAGGCCAUUACCAACAGGGCCUCCUUCUGUUAAGUUGUUUGCUACUAAUAACCUUGUGGAUGACUAUAACAGAAGGCGUAUUUUGAACUGGAGGGGAGAGUUGAUUGAGUACUCUGCAGUUGAUACUGGGGAUAAAAAACAUCUCUCAAAGAUACUGGCUCCACAAAAACUUUGGUUGAAGGAAGGUUGUCCAGUUGUGCUCCUUCGCAAUUUUUCCAAAGUUCUUUACAAUGGAUUGCAGGGAUAUAUUGUUUCACUGGGGAAAGAUGGACCUGUAGUGGACUUCGGAUCAUUAGGUGUACAUAGGAUAACAAAAAUUAAGUUCACAGUAUUUAGUCCUGUCAUUGGAAAGAAUGUGGCAGAAAGGAUGCAGUACCCAUUGAAGCUUGCCUUUGCCCUGAGUAUCCACAAGGCCCAAGGAAUGACUCUGGAUAGAGUAGAAGUUGACUGUCGCAACAUAUUUAAAGCUGGUCAGCUAGGCGUUGCCAUGGGAAGAGUUAGGAGUGCGGCUGGGCUUCGUAUCCUGAAUUUCAAUCCGAGUGUUUGUAUUCAGCAGCCAGAUAUCGUCCAGACCUUCAUUGACACACCGUCUCGAGAACUUGAUGACAGUCUACACUGCUGUAAUGCUAUCAGACAGGUGUCCAUGGAUUGGCAGACCAUAUUUGGGCCAGAUGACGACGACGAUUUCAUUGUUGAUGGGAAUCUCGGAUGUGAAGGUGAAGCAGAAACAGAAGAGGAAGAUGAAGAUACUUUUGAUGAUGACUUCAACAAAAUCAUUGUAUCUGACAGUGUAUUCUCAACUGAUGAACUAUCUGAGUAUACUUUGCCGGCUUCAUUUGACCCAGGGGCUCUCCUUCAAACAAUGCGAUCAAAGCAUGAAGCCACAGCUAUACAAACGGAAUCAAAUGAAUUGAUUGACCAUUUGCUGAAGUUUCAUGUUGAGAGGGUUGCAGACUUCUGCAAAAAACAAUUCUUAGUUUUGUCUGCAUUUAUGGAAGACCUCAACGUCACUGCCUCUGGUUCAGUAAAGUCUGAGGCUCUUUGUCAUUUUUAUGAAAAAUGCAAUCGGCAUCAAACAAGCCAGGAAUACCUCUUGACUGCCAUGAUACUGUUUCAAGACCUGCCCAUACAUUCUGAUGCCCAAGCCCACAUCUGCUACAAGUUGGCAGUGGAGGUAAGGAAGUUCUUGCUUCAGGAGAAGGUUGACCUCUUCCAGACAACCAAGAAAUCCACUUACCAGAGGUUUGUGACCAGUGCAUCAAAAGCGAGGAUCCGUUAUGUUGGUGGGUAUUGUAUCAGUAAGGUCAGAUAUCGCAAUCUGCAGCUUCAGAAGACAAGAGCAACCAAAGUCAGCAUUGAAGACCAGCAACAGUAUGAGGAAUCAACAAUGGCAAUCAACAUACUGGAUGCUUUAAGGGAGAAUGAGGUUGUGUUGGAAAAACAUUCUGCUCUUCCUGAAACAUUGGUUGAUGUCAUCAGGAAACAAAAUGUAAGCAGGGGGUUAACUCAGAUCAGAGAUGAACUAUUCUUAUUUUUCAUGAAGCUGUGUGAACAUUGUCUUACAAACCUGACUGAUCAACAUCUCCAUCAACACGGUCAACAUCUCCACAGUCAAUGCUUUAAUGUAAUCAUGGGGAAUAUUCAACUUUACGAACAGUUUCUGAAAGUUGUCAAGACAGUGCCUAUGAAAAGUUUUUCUUUGUAUGAAAAUACAUGUGAUGUGGGUUCAUCAGUCGUUGAAGACAUUCUCAAUAAACUCACAUUGGAAGUCUCUGUGACCGAGUGUAUUUACAAGGAUAUUGUUGAGAAGUUUGUCAUGGUGAUGCUUAAUCAAUUUAGGAAAGACCUGCUUCAAGCAUUUUCAGUGGAGAAAACAUUAGCUCACAGAAAGCAAAUUUUGAUCAAGAAAUCAAAACAAAGUGAUAUUCAGGGAACAGUCAGCUUUGAUAGUAUCAGUAAAGAUAACUCCAUAGGUAAAGAUAUGUCACACAAUUUACUGAAAGGUUUACUUCUCCAACAGAAAGAUGUUUUGAAGUCAUUUACCAAGACCAACCUCCAAACAUUAUGCAAGGCAUACUCUCUGAAGGUAUCAAGGGUUUAUACAAAAGCAAAAUUAAUGCAGGACUUGAAAGCAAGGAUACUCGCCAGUAAUGCCAUGCCAAAUCCAAACGUCAUUCACCAUGACACAGAAUCCAAGAUGGCAGAGACAACUACUCUUUCAGAACCUCAACCAGGACCAAGUUCUGCAGCAGAUUCUUUUGAGGACACUCAGAAAGAACCUAAAGGUACCUCGACUGAAGAGGAUGAAGCAAUGCUUCAAAAAGAUCCUGAAGAAGAGGAAGUCUGCAAAUGCCACACUUCUUCAGUGUGUGUAAUGGAGGAACAGUGCCACACUUCUAGUGUGUGUAAUGGAGGAACAGUGCCACGCUUCUUCAGUGUGUGUAAUGGAGGAACAGUGCCACACUUCUUCAGUGUGUGUAAUGAAGGGACAGUGCCACACUUAUAA